UGAAAGUAACCGGUAGAAUCAGCUGCUGUAAAAAGCGCCUGGCCUCUGAUCUUGGAUCUCAGCUACAAUGUUCUCCGCGUGGAUUCUGCAUAUGGUUGGAUUCGCUCUGCUGGUCAGGGGAGACAUCAGUGAUGAACAGUGUCCUCUUCAUGAAGUCAAGCCUGGGAAAGAAUCUGCAGUGAUGGAUUCCUUGCAGUGCCACAAUGACUACAUGAGCUAUGCACAGUGCACAUGGGAGGUCGAUCCACAUAUUCAUCCACAAGCUACAGAAAACAUGCAUGAAUUGUACUACUGGGACACAACUUUAGAAGAAGAAACACUUUGCGUCUCGAAUAGAUCCGGUGUGCUUUUAUCCAAUGGGAAGAUCUCUCACAUGUGUCGCUAUAACACUGAAAGGUUUAACACAGGAACAAAUCACACUCUCUACUUCAAAGUGCCCUGUGUACCCAGAGCCACGACUCUCAGAGUUGCUCAGAACGGAAAAGUUAGGGCCCCAACUGACUUGACAGAGACGUUGGCUGAUAACGGAGGUCGUCUGCUGUCCUGGAGAAGCCCGUAUCCUGCAUCCUCAAAAAUCGCAGGAACUCUUGUGUACCAGCUUCAGUAUCGCAUAUACAUGCAUAACUGGACUACUGUGGAUAACAUCAAUGCUUCCGAGUAUAUGAUUGAAAAGGAGUCACUGUUGGGUUACCAUUAUCAAGCCAGAGUGAGGGCGCGAGGUCCUCUAGGACUCUGGAGUGACUGGAGCCCCCUGGUGUCCUGGAAGACUCACAAUGAUGGAGCCUUUAACCUGCAGUGUGUGAUAAUGGGAGCAACAACUGUGACGUGUACCUGGCAAAUGAAGACAGAACAUUAUCAGUUUAUGUCUUAUCAUCUCUGGUGCAGUAAUAAUGAUAACACUGAACCCUCAGCUUGUUGCGAAGAUCCUCAGCUUCAGUCGAGCGACGUUGAGCUUUCUGAGUUUGUGUGUUCUGUAAAUACCCCUGACCCUUACCUGUUAACAGUGGAGCUGAGACCAGUGUACUACACUAGGACGUUCAGUACUUCAAAACACAUUCAACUUUCACAACCUGGCCAGAUCCAUGUGAAGGAAGUAGAUGGUGUUUUCAUACUGAACUGGACUGAACCAGCUGUUUCCGAAGAUAUUGAAUACUCCAUCCAGCUAAAAAUCUCACCCAACAAGGCCACAGAGAGCUUUACCCUUUCUAAGGGGUCCAACGAUUUUGAGAUUCCCUCUACGAUUCUAGAUCCUUCAACUGAAUACCAGGCCCAGAUCAGAUUACUGCAUGUACCUGAUGGUGUUUAUGACGUUCAGCCAUCAGAAUGGUCGCAGCCAGCAGUGUUCAAAACUAAGCCAGUUUCAUCGCCCAUCAGCUCUGUAAUCUUCAUUUUGACUGCUGUGUUUGUGGCCGUGAUUUUCGUCAUCUUGUACAACACCCUUCCAUCCUUACACAGAAGGAUCAAGUUGUGGAAGGGAUCAAUUCCAUCGCCCAUAAAGAGCAAAGUGCUGGAGGGGAUGAUGAAGAAGUCUCCAAGCGGAUGGCCAAAUCUCCAGAGUGAGAAAGAGUCAACCUCCAUCUGUGUACUACUGGCUGCAGACAAUGUCAGUCUCUGCAAAAGCAGGUAA